AAAGUCGAUAACUCUCUCAAAACACUCGAUAAACCCCAAAAACCUCUCUUACUUGGCCAUUCUUUUGCUCUACCAGAGCUAAAACAAAUUCUUCAGAAGCUGCUGGACUGAGGAGAGAGGAGGAUGAGCAGGGCUUGUAGUCUCUUCCAAUUGUGCCAGAAUCCAAACGGAUUACUACUCAGAAGCUCUAAAUUUUCCAAAGGUCCUUACUUGAUACCUAGUGCCAGAAUUUAUCCAGUCCUGUGCUUCUCUAAGGAAAUACAAACUUCCGCAUAUGAAGUUGUCAAGGGAAGCUAUGUACCCACAGCCUUGGUUAAACCAGAAAGCAAACCGAAGGACAAAUCACCAGAAAAUCUUGAAGGAGUUGGUGCAUUCCAAAAGCUACCCAUGGUGAUGCCAUCUGUUGACAUUCUGUAUUCUGCACUAAGAAAGGCUAAGAGGAUUUCACCAACAAAGGGUAUUGCCAAUAUUGCAAAGCGGGAAAGAAAUAGAGGUGCAAAGCAACUUGAUGCAUUGAUGAAAGAAUUAGCAGUGCCCUUGAGAACUUAUUCAGAGAAUUUUCCAAAUAAAAAGUAUCUUCACCCUUAUGAGCGAUCUCUUAUUGAAUUAACUCUUGGGGAUGGAAAUUAUGAAGAGGUGUUGGGAAAGGUGGAUUCUCUGAGGAAGAAGGUUGUUUCUGUUGGAAAAGAACAUGCAUCUCUUUGUGCUAAGUCAUUGUCAAAGAAAGAAGCAGAGGAAAGGCUAACUGAGGGCAUAAAGAAAGUUGAAGAGACAUUUAAUCGUGGAGGAAAACAUGUCGAUGAUUUGUUACACAUAGCCAAGACUCUGCGAGCAAUGCCGGUAGUUGAUCUAGAAUCACCGACACUUUGUCUUGUCGGAGCACCGAAUGUCGGGAAGUCGUCUUUGGUCCGCAUACUCUCCACAGGGAAGCCUGAGGUUUGCAACUACCCUUUUACAACAAGAGGAAUUCUGAUGGGUCACAUUAUUUCAAACCAUCAAACUUUUCAGGUGACAGACACUCCUGGGCUGCUCAAGAGAUGUGAUGAGGACAGAAAUAAUCUGGAAAAAUUGACGCUUGCUGUGCUCUCGCAUCUGCCAACGGCAAUACUCUAUGUCCAUGACCUCUCCGGACAAUGUGGAACCUCACCUUCUGAUCAGUUUGUCAUAUACAAAGAAAUAAAGGAGAGGUUUAGCGAGCAUCUGUGGCUUGAUGUUGUGUCCAAAUGUGAUCUGUUGCAAAAGUCUCCAGUGCUAUUUGCUACUGAUAAGGGUGAUGAUUCUGAUCUUGAGCUGGAAAGGUACCGGAAAUUGGGUCCUGAUGGAGUUCUUCAUGUGUCAGUGACAAAUGAAGUAGGGCUCACUGAGUUGAAGAGUAGAGUGCAUGAGAUGUUGAACUCUCAGAUGACAAGGAUCCAAUUUCAAGAAAAGCUGGAAGUUCUUACUUGAGAGAGCAAUCACUGAAAUAUAAACAAUAUCGGUUUCCGCUUCUGAUGAAAUGAAAAUCAAAUUACAAAUUUGAUCAUCCCCAAGGAUGUUUUCUGCCUCUGGUGAAAUGACAAUCAAUUUACAAAUUUUGUCAUCCCCAAGGAAGGGAAGCCAAUUGUGAGUUUGGCUUCCGGACUAUCGGAAGAUCUGCAGCAUGCAGGUGCUUGUCUAUAAUACACACUCCUGACUUUUCAGAUUUUUUGGUCUACUUGUGAUCUUCAGUCUCUAAUUAGGUACCGAGAAGCUGAGUUAACUGCUUUGCAAAUUGUAUUACCUUUGCUAAUUGGAAAAGAGCUGUACUAAAUCACAGUCGUUCAUAUUUGCUUGGACAACUAUGAACCAUUUAAAGAUAUAUCGAAUAGGUUCAGCUGUUUUGUCCAGCCAAAUUACAUGUUUUGUCGAGUUAAAUUUUUAGCUCCCUGUUGAUGAUUAUAUGUAUAAUUUUAGAUUACUUAACGAGCUCGUCCAGGUGUAUUUUUCUUUCC